ACGGAAGGAAUUUUCUAUUCCAUUGGAUUGCUCAUGAACGAGAAACGAAACAACAGAAAAACUAGCGGAACCCAAAGAAACAAAAACAAAAGAUUACGGGUAUGAAAACGAAGAGAAUUUCGUCAAAAGACGAUUCGUCUUCAGCUAGCCAGGAUACAAAUUCGACAGUGAGCUUAUAUUCAGGAAAUAACAGCGUGCUUGGAAAACGGGCAGCGGAUGUCCUUGCAAGUUCGGAUCUCAGUGCCUUUGGGGAGCCCAAGCCGGACUCAAAGACCUUGAGGGAAAUACGAGAAAGCGCAGAGCGCCUGGCUUAUGAACUGAACGAUUUUCUAACAAAAAAUGAAGUGCCCACGACAAAGCUUCUCAAAUACAACGAAGGGAAUGGGUCACCUGACUUUUCUCACAUGACUGAUGAAGCCAUUGCGGACCUUCAGCUUGCGACGGCCCGGAAGCUGCGAGAGGUAAGGUGAUGAUUACUCAAUAGGCCAAAUAUAUCUCGGAGCCUGUUGCCAACGCCACGGGGAAUUGGUUUAUAAGUAAUUUACCUCAAUAAAUCAUGAGGUACCCAUUUGGCCAAUGAGAAGACUCGAUUCUUCUUUACAUAAAAUGAGAACAAGCCCCAAUACAGAUUUAUGACGUCAUCUACUUAAUGUUUGAAGUCGCUUUGGUCGCAUUUCCUCCUCUUUUUCCAAGACUGACAAUUUUUCCCUUCUUUUCUUUUCUCAGCUUUUACCAAGGAAUCGAGACUUGCUUUUUACAGCAAGAGAAAACCAAUGGAUUCCAAUCCUACUCAACUGGUUGACUUUCCAUGAUAGACCAGCAGUCCAAGUGGAAUCUUUGUUGGCACUUACGAAUAUCGCUGAGCUUUGUGCGCAACAAUCAUAUUAUCAACAUACCCAGGCCCAAUCUAGUGCUGUUGCAGCGGCGGCGCAGGCGGCUGCUGCUGCUGUCAAAGGUGACUCUUCUUCAUCCUCAUUUAGUAUGUUUGGCUACAAAGAUGGCCAGGCUACAUAUCCAUAUCCAUCAUUGGUAGCACCUGCACCAGGAUCCGUCCCAUUUCCGCCUCUUUCGUUUUCACAAACUCUGUCACCAGAGGCGGUGGCAAGUUUCGAUGCGAGUUUGACCGCCACAAUUCAGAACUCCAAAGUAUUCGACAAGAGCAGCAAAGACGGCAAGUCGAGUUUUUCGUUGCCUCCAGCUCCGCUCUUUCCAUCUUCAGCACAAUCUUCCCAUGGACUUUUCCAAAAUGCCAAAGCGUCGCAAGCUGCAGGAAUCAAUUUCACCUCUCUCGCACCUCCUCCGGGAGGAGCCCAUUCCGCUGUUCCAAAUAAUACAUUUCUCCCGCCUCCUACCCCUGAGCCAUCAUUGACUUGCUUUCCACAGCAACUUUCUCCUUCCUCUCAACACCUACUGCUACGGCAUGCCGAUGCCAUUCCGACAUUAAUUUCAUUACUAUCCAGUUCAAACAAAGAAGUAUACGAACA